GCACUGCACUGCAGUUGCAAGAUUAGUUUUUCUUCCCUCUGCCGAAACAGGUAGAGAGAACUCAGGCCGUCAGGGGCCUCGAGGCUACAGCGAGGAAGUCAACAGUUACUGCUGAACGCAUGGUAGUCACGGAGAGUGGCGCUUCCUGGGCACCCGUCGUCCGUCCAGCUUUCCAGUCGCCGGGUUUUGAGCUGUAGACUAUUUUUCUCCCCGUUGUCUGUGUGCGUGUGCACGUGUGUGUGUGUGUCGUACGGCACCUCACGGGAGGACAUGGAUCUGCCAAGGCUCGUUGACCGGGAUAAUUAUUCUUCGGCAGCAGUAAGGUUCGCAGCCGAAGAGAGACAGCGAGAUGAAGAGGCAAGGAAAGCACGCGAAGAGCGACACCGAGAGGAAGGACGACAACGAAGCGCUAGCGAGAUGCCAAUGCUUGAGCCCGCUGCUGGCGAGGCCGUGCGCCUGCACCAUGCGGAAGAUGUUGUGGACGAGGCCGCUGAUGAGCAGCGGUCCUGUCUUGGUGGGACGUUUCCCCGUGCAUUGCCCAGACUGUCAAGACUCUCCAGUUCGAACUUUCUAGAGUUGAGCCUCCGGGACAGGGCAGAGUUUCCGAGCGCGCCGCCACGUGGCAGCAUCUCCGCCACGUACAGCCCCCGAGCACAGGUGAAGAGGCAGGAACAGAGCAGCUCAGGGAGCCCGAGCGCCGCGGAAGAAUCGCCAGCGUACACGGCGUGGCUGCAAGAGCACAACAACGGAAACCCUGCCAUCGAGCUGCCCACCCUAAUGGAGAUGAGCAAGAGCGCCAGGUUACGUCGGGUGGCUAUGGAUGCACUGGACAGCUGCUCUCAGACCAGCGGAGAUGGUGAGCAGGGCAGCCUGGUCAAAGAUCUACGCAGCAGCUUAGCCCACUGGCCAGAGAUAAAGGAGAGGAGCUCCGUAGCUGUGCCGUGCGCCUGGCAACAGCAGGCCUGGGAGGAUUGCACGCGCGAGUACUGUACAAGGCUGCGACGCGUGAGCUCCAGUCUGCAGAAUGCCGGCUUGCUGCCAGUGGAGUUGAGUUCCAUGGUGAUGGUGUACGAAGACGAGUCUGAGGCUGAGACUGGGCGGCCGGAGUCCGAACCGCAGCAGAUCAGCAGCAGCACCACCAGCAGCAGCGGUAGUGGACUACCUCAACGCUGCACUCGUCCCUGUAGUUGCAACAGCUUCGGUGGUGCUGUAGGUGACCUGGGCAGCAGCAGCAGCAAGAACAGCAGCAGCAGCAAGAAGAGCAGCAGCAGGAAGAAGAGCAGCAGCAGCAGCAGGCGCUACCCGUCGUCGCUGCAUGCAUCUUCCCUUGUGUCCGGUGUGGCCGCACUUCAAAUUACAGAGGAGGACGAGGCACUGAUGGACCACGAAUACGCCUGCGGCAGCAGCAGCAGCAGCAGCAGCGAUGGCAGCGACGAGGACAGCAGCGGUGGCAGCAGCGACUGCGGUGUCGCACGGCGAGCAGCACGCCCUGAGAGUGCUCUGUGUGACUCUGUGUUCGGCACGGGCGCGACGGGGUCGUCCGUGUCCUCGCCGACAAGGCACAGCAGCCACUCGCACUCAGUCCAGCGAACGAGGGCAGCGUCGCAGCAGAGCUCCAGUCGCACCUCGCAGGCCAGUGCCGGGGGUGCUGCGGAGCGUGGAGAGAAGGUCAUGCGGCUUCGAGCGGAGCCGUUCGAUCCCGAGCGGCUGCUGAGGCGAAUGAAGCGGGUGACGAACAUGCGGCGGCACUCGGAUGCUAGCGUAGCAGAGGACCAGAGUCGCAAUCGUCUCACCAUCAAGGUAUAUGGAGAUACUGGCGUGGGCAAGUCGUCAGCUGUACUGGCUGCCUACGGUUUGCCACUUGUUCUGGAACACGGCUACGCAUCACUGCGACAGGACCUGCCGUAUAAUGGUGUCUAUCUGGACGAGAGUGAUUAUGGUGGAGCACAGGACACGGAUGUGGAGCUUGUUGAAACAAAUGCCGUGAUAGAGGCAGGCCCCUAUGUGAAACGAAGGUUUAGUGGGAGAAACGGCUUCUGCAAAGCACCGGGAUGUACUCAUGCUCACAUCAUAUGCUUUAGCGUUGUGAACCGUGCCUCCUUUGAAAGUGUUGAGAAAGUGUGGCUUCCCAAAGUGCGCAAUGACAGCGGAGACGGGAAAAGGAUGGCACCGCCAGUAGUUGUGAUUCUUGGGACCAAGACUGACUUGCGCACACACCAGCGCACACUCGACAUACUCCAGGCGGCCGGCAAGAAACCCGUGACCAAAGAAGAAGUAGAGACGAUGAUGAAACGCCGAUGGUACCCGGACAACUCAUGGUACUACGUGGAAUGCUCCCACACCGAAAAUAGAUACGCAAGGAAGGCGGUCGAGAUGGCGCUCAAGGCCACGUACCAAGUAAUCAAGCCCGAAGCGGAAUUCGCAUGGAAUAUGCCCCAUGAAACACCGCCGAGCUCUGCAGCGGCCGGCAGCAACGGUGUUCUGAUAAGCAUGCCGGCCACAUUUUCUAUGUCUCAAGAACAGAAUCUCCGGGAGGAAGUGAGGCGAACACGCAUCAACUCUAUGUUCUAAGAGUGCGGUGCGGUGCGGUUCAAGUUGGAUUCAACUGCAACCAAGAAUCCAUCUGGGCAACGCGUUUCAGCUGCUGCAGCACCACGGAUGGCACUUGACCGGAUAACCUACCCUCGUUGACGACCAACGGUUAUCCAAAUGCUGGCACAGUGGUGACCAGUGUUUGACGGCGUCAUCUCUAUCUGCUGCAUUGGUCUGAUUCAAGGGAAUGUGCAUCGGCGAGACCGCAACCAUGGGCUUAAGAAAAAUGGAUGACAUGACUUCACCUUGUCUGCAACCAAAAAAACCAAAAACUGGGUCGUAUUGGUCUCACUCAACAGAAUGUGCUUCGGCGAGACGACAACCAUGGGCUCAAGAAAUGGAUGACAUGACUUCACCUUGUCUGCAACCAAAAAAAACAAAAACUGGAUGGUAUUGGUCUAACUCAACAGAAUGUGCUUCGGCGAGACCACAACCAUGGGCAAAAAAAUGGAUGACAUGACCUCAUGACCAAAAAAAGGAAAAACAUAAAAGCGAAAAAAUCCAUCAAUCACUGCUCAUGUAUGCUGUGCUAUCAAGUAGAAACAAUCAAUAUAAUGCUCCCCCCCCCCCCCCCCCUUCUCCCUCGGAUUAUGCCUAAGCUCCUUGCUGUAUGUGUGUGUUUGUAGAUAAAUAUGUGUGUGCAUGUUCACAAGCAGGAGGUGUGUGCAUGUGUGUGUGUGUGUGUGUGUGUGUGUGUGUGUGUGUGUGUGCAUGUGCAUGUGUGCGCGCGUGCGUGCGUUACGCACUGCUCUCUGGAGCACAAGCCGAAGGCAAACUUCCCUCCCGUAGCUGUAGUACUGCGGUGGUGGCAGAUCUGUAUGCCUCCGCACUGCAGAUACUUCACAUAACAACACUGUAAUGUCGCUGUCACACCGCUGAAGUAACACGAUGCUGAAAUGGCUCACGAGUUUCACAUCCAAACCAUUGCAUGGUAAUUAAAUUACAAAAUAUCCCGGAAUUCCUGAAGUUUCGCUCUCAACAGUGCUCCAAAAAAAAGAGGAACAUUUGGCAAUUGUUCUCAUUGUCCGCAAUUUACUAAAAUGGUACGUGUACCAGGGCGCACUUCCCCUAUGUCUCCAACAAAAAAAUAUUCAAUAUUGCCGUGCAAUUAGCCAAAAAAAACCUCUGAACCUUUUGUCAGUCCCUCGUCAUGGCAGUAAUUUUAUUUUUGUUUUGGUGCUGCAAUUCUCCUCGCUAUAUAUUUUCCACCGUCCGUGUGUACAGCCACCUUGUGUAGGAAUUUGCACGCUGCAUGCACACACCACGACAUCAUUGCCGCUGAUGCAUGAGGUCAUAAUAUAUUGCCUUCUUCUGGUGCCGUUGCGCCUGGGUUGUGUACAUGAUACUGCCGCCCUACGCAGCUAUGCCUUGACAUCAUUGUGUGUGAUCCAGGUGUCAUGGGAUGACAUGACCUCCUAUGCAAUGACAUCAUUUCAUUUGGCCUGUGAGGUAAUCCCAGCCGUGCAUGGCUAUUAUAAUAAUUAUGGGAUGCCGAAGCUAUUCCGUCACAUCAUUGUCACAGUUUGCUCUAUGAGCUCCCAACAAUUUCCAACAACCAUACAUGUCAUGUCCAAUUAUUCUUGAUGCCUCUGCUGUGCAAGGGAUAUGAUUUAUUUCUGAUGCCUCUGCGGUGCAAUGACAUCAUAAUGUUUGGCCUUAGAAGUGGUUCAAGGCGUGCGGGCGGCAAGCAGAAUACAAGCAAAAAUAAAAAAAUACAUUGUUUGCAUGAUAACCAUCUGAUACAGUAUGUUCAUCAUUAAUUUUAUGUUUAAAAAAUGUGAUGUCUAUAUGCAUGGCUGCACUGCUGUGCAAUGACAUCAUUCUGUUUGUUUGGUGUUAUGUCUAUAUGCAUGGUUGGGCUGCCUGGCCCUGCUAUGCGAUGACAUCAUUCUGUUUGUUUGGUGUUAUGUCGAUAUGCAUGGGCUGCCCUGCUAUGCGAUGACAUAAAAAUAUAUAUAAAACAGUAGUUCAAGCUGCGCGUCCAUGACGUAAUCGAGGGUCUUUUCAAACCCUCCUCUAGCCUAAGCUAACUGUAGACGACAACACUGGGCUUAGCUGCCCUGCGUGUGUGCGCUGCUGCGCCACCAUUGCUGAGAAUAAUCCCUCUUCCUCCCCUCGCCGCCCUCCCCCCCCCCCCUUGCAUAGCUGGCUGGCUGGCUUUUACAUGUUCUCUAACUCACUGAUCUUCUUUUCUACUUCGAAGUAGCACCUCUC